GAAAGUUUAACCGAGGCGUGUCGGUUGAAACCAAGAAACAGACGUGGACUGAGAUCACCAAUCAGAUCAACGAUCUUGGAGAGAAUCACAGAGAGGUGCGUCAGAUCAUGAAGAAGUGGGCGGACCUCAAAUGUGACGGAAAGCGACGCCUCUUAGCCCUCCGAAAGCCGGACAGCGGCCACCUCAGGAAGAGGAACAUGGGCCCUGUGGAGAAGAUGGUCCAUAAGAUCCUGAUGAUGAGUCCCGCAGGAAAUGGCGACAGUGAUUUCGACUUAUGUGAAGACGAGGAUUUUCCAAAGGCCUACAGCGCCACCCCGCCUCCGAACCCUUCGCCCUACUCCUACCUCAGCUUGACGGACAGUUCCCACUCUGUACCCGAAAGAUUCUCCUUCGACAUGUCGCCCCUCUCCUCGCCGGAGGACGAGGCGGGUGGCGAUCCCUUCCAGUCCUCCUCUGAGUUUGAUGUCGACCUAGCUGAGGAUGGAGAACACUCCAUGGAUUUUGACGGCAACGAAGACUCCAUGUUCUCCUCCUACCCUUCCUCUCUCCUUCCGCCCCCCUCCUCCUCCUCGCUGGAGAAGGACUCGCUGUCUGACACCCAGCUGAGAAUCAAACCGGUCCACACCUAUUCCCGGAACAUCGGCCAGACCAACAGCAGCAACCACGUUCAGAACCACACCUCCUCCUCCAGACCGCCACCCGGACCCUCCUCAUCUGUGGCCUCCACCUCCUCUGCUCUCCCUCCGGUGUCUGAUUCAGACGCAGGCUCAUCCACUGCUGUGCCUCCUCCACCGCUACCACCUCCUACAAGCUCCACUUCCUCUGCCUCAUUUGUUCCCCCUCUCCCUCCCCCCUCUUCCUCCUCGUCCUCUACAUCAAACUCGACCUCUCAAGCCACGCCCUCUUCCAUCCCACCUCUUCCUCCUCCUGCUUCGACUUCAACCACUGCUCCCUCCUCCUCCAACUCUCAUCGACCUUCCUCCUCCUCCUCCUCCUCGUCAACCAUUCCAUCUAAGCAGUCCCCCGCCCCGAGCUCAUGUGACCCCCUCCCCGCCGGAGCCUCCUCCCGUCGGCCCCAAGACCACGUGUCCCAGAUGGCGUCUCAGAGCCUCCAGCAGCAGCGUGCCAGCAGGAUGCUCCUGACGUCGGUGUCUCAGUCUCUGGAGGUGCUGGCUCAGUCGGUGCAGCUGCUGGUGGAGAGCCAGCAGGAGUUUGUUCAGGAGUCUCUGCUGCUGCAGCGCGAGACCGUCGACGUCUUGAGGGAUUUCUCCAACACGGCGCUCACCAUGCUGAGAGACAAAGCCAACAGCGGUCAAGUGCCACGCCAUCAUCAUCAUCCUGCUUCUCACUACUGAAACACAUGGACGAAAAUAGUUUGGUUUUUUUAAAGAGACAACACAGGACGAGUACGGGCACCUACACGCACACUUCUUACCCGGCCCCCUGAAGUCCCAAAAGAGUGAACAUUUUCAUCUUGUGGACAAAUUUUGUCAUAAUCUAUACGACACAUCAAAUUAUCUUGUGUUUGGAGUUAUCUGGUGCAAACAAGUUAAGUAACAACUUGUUUAAAAUGGUGUUCAUCUUGUGCGCUCAAGUUAUCUGAUGUGCACAAGAUAAUUAUCGUGUAUGAAAAUGUCAACUUGUGCGCACAAGUUCCUGUGAAAAGACGCACCUUUAAUCUGUUUUUUUUUUUUCAUCUAAAGUUUGCUGCGUCAUAUUUAUAAUAAGUAUAAAAACGCUGACACAUACGCUGUCAUUACCGCGAGUGCAGACGCCAUAACAACACACUGCACGCCAGGUAACACCAUUGAGAAUUCCUCGCCAGUCGUUGUGAAUUGCAAGCUGGAGGGAAACAUAGCGACACAGACGAGGCUGGCUACGUCCUUUCUCCCUCCCUCAUGCAUUUAAAGAAAACGGUGGCUUAUUGAUCCUUUUGAUCGAAGGAGUCCUUUUAUUAAAGUUAGAGAGCGACCAGCGGAGUCAGGUAGAGCGCUUGCCAGCUCGGCGUCUGUGCUUCACAGCUUUCACUGCAGGCUGAGCUCGACUACCGUACUGUAGCUAGUAGGAGAGCAAACUCCACAAAGAGAAAACAAACGGAGCUAACAGAAACUGACCGUUGUAGACGUCACUGAACACAACAGAAAUUGUCACGCAGGAAGACAAUUUGAGACUUUAUUCUCUCUGGGAAACCUCCAAAAAGAGACUUAUAUUCUGUCUUUGAGAUAAAUAAUAACUGGUAUGUAAUUAUCAUUUGUGCAAAAAUGUAUCUGCACACAACAUAAGCUUGUUUGAAGUUAAGUUAGAUAAAUCGUUUGCAAAAGAUAUUUAUCUUGUCUGAAACAAGUUAUUAUCUCGUGCUCUGUCAUUAUCUUGAUAAUUAUCCUGUGGAUGUCAUUAGGUGUGAAGAAGAAAUCUUGAGGGGAAACGUUUUUAUCUUGUUCACGCGAUGUCAACGUGUUCUGCACAGAAGAUAAAAACCUGUUGAUAAUUACAUUGUGACCACAAGAUAAUUACACUGUGCGCACUAAAAUGUUUCUUUUCUUGUGGACUUCAGAGGCUGUUUUUCCUUUUCUGUUAGGAGUUGAAAUAUUUGCUCAAUCAGAUGAGCGAUCACAUGCGGUUCUCCUCCCUGAUGUCAUGGGAUAUUUAUUUAUUGCCUUUCCUCCGUACAUCAGAAACAAAACCAUCUCCUUGUCUUUAAUAAUCAUUGGUACCUUAAAGCGCCGGAGUAAAAGAAAACAGAUUUUUAGUCAAGUUUUAAAAAGCUGCAGCGAGCAAAAGAGAGAGAGAGAGAGAGAGCAGCGGUGUUUAUAUUCAAAUUUACAGGUUGGACGUUUUUGUUUCUGCAGGAGUUCAUAAGAAGUACCCGAUGUUUGGUGUCUGGGACAUCUAUUCAUGUUGCCAUGGUAACAGCAAUCAGUAUUGUUUGAUUUUUACUAGUAUGGUACAGGAGUUUUUCUGGUGUCGUGAUAACGCUUCUUUUUAAGGCCGCGUUUUGAGCUGCUGAUGUGAUUUGUGGAGAAACGAAGAAACACUAAACGAAGCAAGGACUUAAUUUUAUUCAAAGCUUUAACUCGUCAAGUGAACCGGGACUCGAUUUUAUGGAUUUGCCCGAAAGAGAUGAAAACGAGUCAGAGUAAAGAAGCUGACCUUUCGUCUCUCCCGAGCUGUCACCGUUCUGUUGUCAGUUCUGUUGGACUCGUUCUCCUUCGACCAAACUGUCUCUUCAUGAUGUUUGUACCUCACCCUGAGUUGUUGCGGUGAGAGCAGACAGCCCACGAUCUUAUCGUAACCCUGAUCUCUGUUACAUCCUGUCGGAGGGGAAACAUGUCUGCAAGGCAACAAAGGCUUCUGUGUUUAGAACAUGUCUUCUUAGUUUGAACGUCAGGUUUGGAUGAUGUUGCUGCUGAAUUAAAAAUAAAGUCAACUAAUAACAUUAAUUGA